AAGAUCUGGCUACUAAAAUUAAUUUAAGACAAACAUUGAGCAAAAGAGACACAUGCAUCGACGUUUCGGCAACGCCAUGCAGCGAACUCAACAGGAACAAAAGCAGUUGAAGCUGCAGCAUCACGAACAACAGCAGCCGCAGGCGCACCAGCAGCAUCAUCACCAUCAUCAUCAGCAUAGCAGUAACAGUAACAGUAACAAUAGUGGAACGCGCAUCGCUGGAAGCAGCAGUACCACACCCACAACAACAACAACGAAUGCAGCUGGUGGCGGUGGAGCUGGAGCCGGAGCAUUGGAGAGCACACCGCCACGAACGCUGGCGCUGAAUCGGAACUAUUGUGCCUCGGAUACGUCGGGAGAGCACGAUGGCGAUACGGAUUAUCCAGAUUCGCGUUACGAGUGUGCCAUUUGCAUUGACUGGCUGAAUGAGCCGGUGGUGACAUCGUGCGGUCAUCGCUUUUGCAAGAGUUGCCUCAGUGACUGGCUGCAGAAUCAUAAUCAGUGCUGUCCGCUGGACAACAAGCAGCUCUCGGCGGAGAAGGACAUCUUUCCCGACAACUAUACACGUCGUGAGAUUGAACAGAUUAAGCACAAGUGCCCAAAUUCGCCACACGGGUGUGCUGUCAUCGCGUCACCCAUUGAGUUGCAUAAGCAUUUGCCCAGCUGCCCGUAUCGACGGCAACAGCAGCAUCAGCAACCGCUCGAGGAGAAGUGCCCCUUUGCUAGUAUUAAAUGCGAUUUUGUUGGUCGCCCGGAGACAAAUCAAUUGGAGGAGCAUCUGAAAACGGACAUGCCGCAUCACUUGCAGCUCAUGUUGCAGGCCCAUCAACAGACCGCCAUCGCCACAUGGCAGCCGCAAAAGCUGAGCACUGGCAGUGGAACGCUGGAGAAUGGUCAUAAGACUGGUCAGUUGCCACCGCCGCCGCAAUAUGCCAAUGCUGUCGACGAACAAAUCGUUCAGACAAUGUAUCAGCGUAUCGUUGUGCUGGAACAGCGCACCAGGGAGCAGGAGUCCCACAUCGAUAACAUGAAAGAGCAGCUGCGACGACAGCAGCCGAUCGAUGCUCGCUACAGCAACGGCACCAUCGUCUGGCAUAUUGAGGAGCUGAGCGCUUUGGUUGAUCGCCUGCGCGCCAAUGCCAACAAUCAGGCAUAUUCGCAUGAAUGCUAUACAUCGCCGUAUGGCUAUAAGUUCUGUGCCCGCUUGAAUAUACAGCCGAGGAAGCCGCAUGUGCUCAGUUUGCAUGUCCAUUUAAUGCAAUCGGAGAACGAUUUCCAUUUGGACUGGCCAUUCAAGGGGCGAAUCAAGCUGUGCAUGGUGCAUCCAGGCGAUGCGAGUCUCUCGCAGCAUGACACCAUCAUGACCAAGCCAGAGAUACUCGCCUUCCAUCAGCCGCGCGAGGCGAUCAGCACACGUGGCUUUGGCUUCCUCGAAUAUGCCAACAUAUCCAAUAUUAUGCAAUUGGGAUUCUGUGCCGACAAUCGACUGCUCAUCAAGAUUGAGAUCAACAUUGUUUAAGCAAAAUGUCGCAAGUCGGAGGCUAAACGAAGCAAUAUAGUACUUAAAAACAAUUGGCUCAAAUUACAUGCAUAUUUUUUAUA